AUGGAGGGAAGACAGGAAACUGUGGAAGGGGUUUGGCUUGCAAUGAGGGCAUGGCUUAGAAGCAUUUUGGAAAGAAUGAAAACAAAGGGACCGGUUUCUAGCUUGGAUUUGGCAACGUUUGAAGUGCUGGAGUUUGGACUGGACACUAACUUAGAAGCCGAGUUGAGGGCAUUACUAGAAGGAAUAAAGUUGUGCAAAGAGUUGGGUUUGACGCAAGUGGAGAUUGAAUGUGACUCAAAAAUUGUGGUCGAGUGGGUUCGAGCCAAACAUUGUACACUUUGGUAUUUGCAAAAUUUUUGGGAGAAGUUUAUUGCUGUAGCAAAUGGCAUAUCCUUUUCUAUCUCUCAUCAGUUUAGAGAAGGGAACAUGGUUGCUGAUUUUUUGGCAAGGAAUGGAGAGACAGGGUGUAGCAGGAGGUAUGAGGUUUUGGAAUUGCUUCCUAAGGAGCUGAAGGGAAUUUUACGGUUGGAGAAGUUGGAUUUGCCUUACAUUCGUGUUUAG